AUGUUUGGUCGCAUCACGGGGGUUACUGCCGUGUCUCCCCCGUCGUACAGCACCACGCAGGCGGGGCGAGACCUGCACCUGGAGCUCAACUCCAAAAUUCACUUUGUCAACCAUUCUUGCGCCCCCACACUCGAAUGGGAUAUGGAGCGCAUGGAGAUGCGCGUCAACCGCGACCGCCCCCUUAAGAAGGGCGACAUGCUCUCCUUCUUCUACCCGAGCACCGAAUGGAUCCUGGCUCAGCCCUUUGACUGCUGGUGCGGAGCCGGGGAGGGCAAGUGCUUUGGGCGUGUCGAGGGAGCCGGAAAGAUGGACCCCAAGAGACUCAAAGAGUACUGGCUCAACGGGUACAUUGAGGAGAUGCUGGAGGAAAAGGCACGGGCCGAGGCGCUGUAA